AUGCUCACGAAUAGAGAAAUAUGCGCUGAUUCGGCGUUUAUCGUUGGUCCAACACCUGAACAGAACGUGAAACUUCCGGUUAUAGAUCUGCCAAAAUUCGAUGGAAAUUAUGGGUCGUGGUUAGAAUUUAGGGAUAUAUUUGAAUCAUUAAUUAACAAUAAUUCCGCGAUUAAUGGAAUUCAAAAAUUUCAUUAUUUGCUCUCAUCAUUAAGCGGUGAUGCUCGUCAGGUUAUCGCUAGCCUUGAAAUAACAAACUCCAAUUACGACGUCGCGUGGGGUUUAGUGCGCACGCGUUACGAUAAUUCAAGGGUGUUAAUACAAAAUCACGCUAAAGCGUUGUUUGACAUAGAAAAAACUAUACCCGAAAGUUUUAAAUCCAUUCGCAAUUUUAUCGAUAAUAUUCGGAAACAUAUGAGAGCUUUAACGUCACUAAAUCAACCCACAGACAAUUGGGAUACCUUAAUUAUUUACCUCGCGACAACAAAAAUGGAUAGCGGUUCUAAUCGCGAAUGGGAGCAGCGUAAAGUAGCGGUCGCUCAACCUAAUUUAGACAACUUUCAGACGUAUUAA